AAUUACGUUCCAUCGGAUCCGACGAUUGCCAGAUGGCUGACGUACAUCUGGAUGUUCAAUUUUGAAUUGGAACGGAUUCCUGGUAGUAAGAACCGGGCGGACGGGCUGAGUCGGAUCAACUGGGAUAAGCAGGAAGGGAAGGCGGUGGAGAAUACGCCCCCAGUUGAUGGAUUUCUAAAUCAGGAAGAAGAUGUUCGUCUUCAUAUCAACAAAUGGUCGCCGCGAGUGCCCAGCUGUGUAGGCUAUCCUAUCUGGCAAGCGCCAAAGGGGUAUGAAAAGAGGAAUGAGAUAGUCCUUAAGCCCUUUGAGGAAGAAGAUCCCUGGGGCGGUAAGGAUGUUCAGUGGAUGAUAGAGCUAUCGCCGGCCAGCUCUUAUAGCCUGGUGGAGGACAUGAGAACGAUUGAGGAAGGACCUGGCCAGGUAGAAUGGCAUAAGGACCUGAUGGGAGGAAUAUAUCUCCUCGUCAACACGUUAUUGCAGGAAGGCCUCGACCAGUCAGGCUCGUUGAACUCGACAGGAAAUGUGGACGAAGUGCCCGAGAGCCAGGACGACGAGUUCGAGGAAGGAGAGAUUAAGGAGGCUUUUCGUGCAGAGGAGUACGACGGGAUCUACCUAGAACUGGGGCUUCUUCUGUCAUGUGGAAUGCGGCUAAGGGAUACAAGCGAUAGGGCUCAGAGGAUACUGCAGCGCUACUUAGUGCGAGACGGCCACCUUUUCGUGAGAAGAGAAGUAGGGAAUCCCAGGAGGGUCGUCUGCGGUACGAAUCGUCAGAUCGACGUCGUAGCAGCACUACACGAUGGCAUUGCAGCAGGGCAUCGAGGGGUACAAGCCACGUAUGCCAAGAUAAGUGAGUUGUACUACUGGGAUGGAAUGAUGGACAGGGUCGGGAAAUUCUGUCGAUCCUGCGUGCCCUACCAGGAGAGAUCCCGUUUAAGGCAGGGAGAGCCGCUGCAUCCAAGGUUAGAGCGAGAGAUGGGGGCCGUAGUGGAUCUCGAUCUGCUUUUUAUGCCACUUGGGGAUCAGGGCUAUAGCUAUAUCUUCGAUGCGCGCGAUAACCUGUCUGGGUUCGUAGACGGGCGUGCUAUUCGCACCAAGACCGGGUUACUCUUAGUGAGCUGCAUCGAGGAAUAUUACCUGCGUUACCCUUUCGUCAGGGAAUUCGUAAUGGACAGGGGAUCGGAGCUUACCUUUCCAGGAGGUACAAGAAUUGUUAUCAAGAUAGGAGCAAUAGAAGAAAGGAUCCAGGAGGCGUCUGACCAGGUGGCGAGAAGUCGUAUGGAUGAUAAGGGUCGAUGGGAUCAAUCUGCGCGGGUGAGGAAAGUACCCUUGGCAGUUGGAGAUGUCGUGCUUCUCUACGAUUCAUCACUGGAGAAGCAAUGGUUUAGGAAGCUCGAUAAGAGGUGGUCUGACUUUACGAAGACAGCCAUGCCAAGAGGAGGGAGGGGGACACGACCGCCUCGGAUGCCGUUGGGAGCAUCAGGAGGAUAUGAGCGACAUGGGCCUCGCCAUCGAGAAAGUACUCCAGUAUACGAUGAUGGGGACAUCGAGCUAUUCCUGGACAACUUUUGGGAUCAUGCGAGGCAUAUGGGCUGGACCGUGGCCCAAGCAAUYGAGGGACUGAGGGGAGUCGGCAGAUUCGAGGAGCCCGUCGCGCGGAAACGUAGAGAAGCGACGACGAGAUCAGAGGUGGAGUGGAGGAUGCAGGAACUGCGACCCUCGCCUGUGGGACCAGAUGGGAGGCUGAUCCGUCUAGAGAUCGGAAACAUGGCAGUCUUCAUCCCUGCUUUCGAGUGGUUCAUGCAGGGGCAGGGUAUACCGAGAGAUGAGUGGGCGAGGAYSCUACYACUCUGGACCAGGAAGGCGGAAAGGCCGCUGGCUAGCCAAAUCAGAGACAUGGCCCGGGACUGGGAAAGCUGCAGGGCACAUCUAAGAGAGGCCUUUCGACGGCCAGAGUCCCCCCACCCCAGAGUCGAGAGACGUCAGAGGAGUCAGAGGUCGAGGGACCCUGAGCCCAGGGAGGUGAGACCAUCACGGGAAGGACGGAAGGCCCUAGCCAGGAGAGAGGAGGAGCCGGAGCGGGAGCCAGAGGUUGAAGAGCGAGGGGCGUACCCUGAGUGUGGGUUGGGACCAGUGGAGUUCCAUCGUUUUAUUGAGGGUGGAUUGAGGAGGUCACCAACACACACACGGGAGGAGCCACCAGUGUCUGAAGGGCCGUCGAGAGAGUUAGAGACGCAUCUGGAUAUCUCUAAGUGGAGAGCGUCGCCUCAGGAUAAGAAGGAUGAAGAGCAAGUAGAAGGGGUGCCACGAGAGGAGGUACCACAAGAGGAGGUGUCACGAGAGGAGGUGCCACGUGAGGAGGUACCACGAGAGGAGGUGCCACGAGAGGAGGCGCAGUGUACUCAGCAAGAGAGCAGGCUAGGUGACAUGGGGAGACGUGCAGGGAAGAAAGUGAUAGAGGUUGGAGAGGACACACCCCCACAGGCGCCAGCAAUGGGUUUGAGACUCGGGGAUGCACCAGGGAGCGCUCGUCAGGCAGAGGAGAGAUUGCGGAGAGAGGAGGCCCCACUUCCUUCAUCAGAGAGGGCUCCAUCGCCAGAGGGGAGAGCCGACAGGAGGAGAGAAAGGGCAGCUGUAAGGAGGGAAGCCUUGACCCUGAUUGAUAGGCACCUAGCAGCUUAUGCCCUGGAGCAUCCAGACCUGGAGGAGCCAGCACCUGCUGAGCCGCACCGGGAGCCAUACCAACCCGAGAAGGAGAUGGAAGCAGAAAUCCCGAAUAGGGUCGACCUCUGCACGAGGGAAAGGGCGCCAGCUGGAGAGACGGCUGAAGAAAAGAGGGCGAGAAGAACUAGCCGGAUAGAUGAGAUAUGGCAGGAGAGGCAGAGGUUGGGGGCAGCGGGGGAGCUCCCGGAGCAGCAACAGGAGAGGCAGAGAUCGGAGGGAGCAGGAGCACUCCCAGGGAAGAAGAUGAAGGAAGCAAGCCAUGGAGUACGCCUGGAGGCUAUGGAGAUGGAAAUUCAGGAACUCAGGGYCUUGGUGGCUAGCCAGGCAGCUAUCAUCGAGAGCCUGAGGCAGCAAACCCAGGGAAGGGUGGACAGGCCAGAGAGCAGCAGGCAGGGAGAGCAGAGGCAGCCAGGACAGGGAUUGCCWGGACAGCCAYCUGYAGCAGAGCCUCGCCAGGAGCCACCUAUGGGGAGAGUUAUCCUGGAGCCAGAGGAGGCGAGAGCCCAGAGACAGGCAGAGAGAGAGGCGUUCGAGUUUAGAGCCCCUACUGAGCUCGCGACGCUGCCAGUGGCGGCGGCAGGCCCAGUCGUACCUUUGGCAGUARAGGAGGGGCUGCCACCAUCUAGCAGUGAGCCGGCUCAGGGCUCAGCAGAGGGAUCCAUGGGCGUGCUCCUUGAGGCGGUGCAUACUAUGCAAGAGGAGAUGUUGGAUGGGGGUCUUGGGACGCAGCCAGCACGAUACCGAGUUGUUUCACCCUGUGGUGUCUCGACCUCGGWGGUCYUUGUGGGCCUGGAGGCGACGUCAUGUACAAAGGGUGCAGAACAUGCAGAAGUGGGCAGCGGCGAGGGGUCAUCCAGACGGCAGUUGUCGUCAUCAGAUGGUCGCGGAGGGGAUGGUGAAGAAAUGGGACCUGGAACACGUGGGUGCGGUGGGAAGUCUGGGUCUAGGACUGGCCAUGGGGCUCCGAUGAUUACGGUACGCUGGACGGGUUCUGAGGUGGCAGGCACGCGGCGGCGUCGGCUAUGUCUCCCUGUCGUGGCAAUCCGUCAGGAUGRAGGUCGCGAAGAGCCCCCGCAGAAUUCCACUUUGAGGCGGCAAUUUGACGAGUUUGACCCCAAUCGAUCCGGUGGUAUUGGCGAGGAGGAACUGAGGAGAGCUGCGGAGAAGCUGAGACUCCCCGUCUCUCGGAAGGACGUGAAGGAGUAUGUGCAGAAGGCGGGCGGUCGUGUGACAUUUGAUCAGUUUGCGGAGUUCACGAGGGGAUUGGAGAACAGGCUGCAUGCCACAUUCAAGGAGCUGGACAAACGCCAGAGGGGUGUUUUCGACUGGGAUAAGAAGGUGCUCAAGCAUAAGUUGCUCGAUGGCCGAACUGUCAGAUUGACCAAGUUCAAGGCCAGUAGCAUUAUAGAUACCUAUGGCAGCUUAUGCGCAUCAGUGUUCUACAAUUACUAUAAGCAAAACCAAGAGGAGAGUAUGUUCUUCUACUUGAGGAGUGAUCAUCAGACCCUCAAGUGGAUCAAGACUCAAUCGGUUUUUUCUGAUGCACUCAAGCGAUGGAUUGAGGUCAUAGACCAGUAUGACUUCAAGCUUGAGUAUCUGAAGGGAGAGUAUAAUAAGGUUGCUGAUGCGCUAUCACGUAGAGCAGACUACCUAAGUGUGCUAGUUUUUGACUUUGGCGUAUCUGAUGAAAUAACUCAAUCGAUGAUGGGAGCCUAUCAGGAAGACCCUGACACGAUGGACAUCAUUCGCAAACUUCAGGCAAAAGACAAGGCCACGGAAAUCGAGUUUAUGAUGGUGGAUGGGCUCCUCUAUCUUGAUAAGGCCGGAAUAAAAAGAUUAGUAGUUCCAUCUAGUGAACCUUUGCGUAGUUUGUUCUUAAGAGAAUGCCAUGACGCAACGGGACACUUCGGCUACAAGAAGACGGGUGCUAACCUAGUACAGCGAUAUUGGUGGCCAAGAAUGUUAGAUGACGGAAAAAAGUACGUAGAGACCUGUCAGGUUUGUCAGCGGGACAAGCCGCGAACUCAAGCACCGCUUGGGUUGUUGAAGCCUUUGCCUAUUUCUGCUGAUCCAGGACAGAGUGUUUCCAUGGAUUUCAUGGACACCCUGGUGACUAGUAAGAGUGGCAAGAGGCAUAUAUUCGUCAUCAUCCAUCGAUUCACCAAGUACGCUAGACUAGUGGCUAUGCCAGAGACCGCAAGAACUGACUAUGUCAUCAAGUUGUUCAAAGACAACUGGGUGCGUGACUUUGGUUUACCAAAGUCAAUUGUUAGUGAUCGAGACGUCCGAUUCACAAGUGAGUUGUGGAAGAAGACUGCAGAAUAGAUGGGCAGUCAACUUCAGAUGACUUCAGGGAAUUAUCCCGAAGCCAACGGAGAAGCCGAGCAAAUAAACAGAGUUGUACAGC